AUGAAUAGAAUGAUAGAAUUUUUAAAAUUUGAGGAUCAUAAUUUAUAAAUUUAAUUUAUGGAUGAGAUAAAAUAACAUGUUAGAUAAUUAAUUAAUGAUAACAAUGGUUGUUAUGUAUUAUUAAGUUGUUUGGAGAAUUUUGAUUACAAACUUUGUGAAUAUAUGAAGAAACAUAUUGAACAAUCAGUAUAUUCUAUGUCAUAGCAUACAUAUGGAUGUAGAAUAAUUUAAUUUAUGCUUUAAAAAUAAUAUAGUUAAUCAUUAUUAGACUAAAUUAUGGAUGUAUCAUAAUAACUUUGUAUUUGUGAAUUUGGUAAUUACAUAAUUUAGUUUAUAUUGAAGAGUAAUUUUAAAUAGUAAAAAAUGGAACUGUUCAGAAUAAUUAAGAGUAAUUUUUAAACAUUAUCUUACAACAAAUAUGGUAGCAAUGUAGUUGAAGUUUUUCUUGAUGUAAUUGAAUAAGAAGAUAUUAAAUUUAUUACAAAUAUAAUGUUAAAUGCUGAUUUAGAGAACAAGUAGAUUAUAUUAUAAUAUUUUAGUUAUUUAUUUGUAGCCUUUGCAACACAUCCUUUUGGAAAUUAUGUUUUUAAGAAAUUCUUAUAGUUAGAUUAAUAAUAUAUUAUUCCAGUUCUUGGAAUAAUGAAGAGACACCCUGAAAUACUAUAAUAAAUCAAUACUUCUGAAUAUGGAUAGAAGAUAUUCUCUGUUGUAGAAAGAUCCAUCCAAUUUAUAUGA